AUGGAGAUGAGAAGCAUUAAGAAAGCAUUAAUGAAAGUUAAAAAAAGAACGAUAUAAGCUUUACUUUAUAUUUCAGAAGAUGGAUUUGAUUUAGCUAAGAGUCCAUUUUUUAAUUGUUGUAAAAUAGUGAUAUAUUUUUUAUAAUUGGAGGGAUAUGUUUUUAGUCAAUUUGAAACUAAACCAUUGAAUUUGUCUGAAAAUAUAUAUUUAGCCAAUUAUACUUAAUUGUCCCCUUUAACCUUCUUGUUGCUUCAAAUUGGAAAUGAUGUAUUAACAUCUUUUUUCUUUUAUUUCAUAUUUUGUUUGCAUGUCAUAGUUUAUUUGACAUUAAUAAAGAUGUCUCUUGAUUCAGAAAUUGCCAAACCUAAUUAUAUAAAGAAACUUUUGAAUCUCUUUUUUAUAAAUUAUUAAUGGAUUUUUGUGACUCCUUUUUAAGAAAUAAGCGUUGGUGUCAUGGUUUGUGGAAAGACAGCAUUUAUUAAAGAUAAUUAAUUCUCUCCUGAAUGUUCAUUAGAGAAGAAUAAAUUAUAUUAUGUAUUUGGUGUUUUAGGAACAUUAUUUGUUUCAAUUUCAGGAUUCUCAAUAUCAUAUUUUUUUAGAAAUUAUUAAUUCUUUGAAAAAACAUUCUCAAGAUCAUUUAGUUACACUAAUGUAUUAAGAAUUAUGUUACAUCAAUUAGUUAUUAUACUUUAUUAUAUCAACUUUCCAGGAAUUGAUUUUGCGAAACAUGCAUUUUAAUAAUUAUUGGCUAUUUCAUUAAUUUAUGAUAUAGUUGUGAAUCAACCAUUUGGAUACUCAUUUGAAGCAAAUUUUUAUAGUUCUGCUACAUUUACUCAUCAAUAUUUUAUUAUUUUAACUUCAAUUUGGAUAUUUAGUCCUGGAUUAGAUGAUUAUUUUAUGUUUUAUACAUUUCUUUUAAUCACUCCAGUAAAAAUUUAUUGUAUCAUUUAAGUUAUUGAUAAUAUUGUCUAAUCAAUUUCAAAAGAGAGAUUAAAUUAAGAUUUGUAAUUCAUUUUAAUUGGCUAUCUAUAAUAAUAAAGCAGAUAAGUAUUUGGAAGAAAUCUAUAGAACAGCUGAAGAAAGUGAUACAAGUAUAGAAUCCAAAAUAUUGUUUAUUUAAAUUCUAAAUCAUCAUAUUUAGUUAUGCAAUGACACUGAAUGUUCUUGUUAAUUGAAUGUAUAAAGUUUCUUUUAAAAUAAUUCAGUUGAUUAUAAACAAUUGAAUUUAUGGACUACUUAUGUUUUUGAAAAAUGUUUAUAACUUGCAUUAAUAAAUCGCGAUUAUGAAUUCUAUGAGCAUUUAGCUUUAAAAUAUGUAACAUUUUUAGCAAAAUAUAAAAACAACCCUAUUAAUGCUUAUUCAAUAUUAUAAUAGAUUAUGAAUAAUCAAUAAUCAUAGAAUCUAUAAAUUAAAGGUCGUUAAGUUUAAUCUUCAUCAUUUUAUUUUCUCAAUAUUCAAUUCAUACUUUAGAAAAGAAAUAGGGCUUAAUUUUAAAAUUAAAAUAUUCAUCAUUCUGAAUAGAUUCUUAUAUUAUUAAAGGGUCAUUCAAUCAUCGAAAACAUAGGUCCACUUUUAUAAUAAGAGAUUAGAUCUUUGGCAAUAAUCAAAUAGUAAUUUUGGGAAGAUUAUUAUAAUAAUAAGAUCUAAUCAUUUCAAUAAUUGUUAGAUUAAUUGAAUAAGAUUUAAAAUUCAAUUCAUUCUGUCAAUAUUCUUAUUAAAAUGCUUAGAGGUAAAAAUAUUAAAAAAAAAUAAUUGGUUUUUGAUUGUGUUAGUACUUUAAAUUUUGAACUCUUAUUCAAGAUUUGUUCUACUAACAACAUUCUUGAAAUUUAUGAACUUCAACAUUAAAUUUAAUAAAUUUUAUUUCUAGAAUAAUAGGAAUUAGAAUCUUUUUUAAAUUUCCAUUUUCAAAAUUAAUAAAGUAUUGGACUUGUAUCUAAUAUUACUUGUAAGAAAAGAGGAGAAUUGUGGAAACCCAAUUAAGUUCUGCUUGAACAAUUCUUUAAUAUUAAUUUCUAAGUGUCUCAUCUCAAUUAAUUAAUGCCUCCAUUUAUUGCUGAUAUUCAUGAUGGAAUCAUAGAAAACUUUAUAAGAAAAGGUUACAGUUAUAAAAUGGAAUAGACUAGUUUAAUAUUUUCAAUUUAUGGUGAAGGAUUAAUUCAACCACUUUAGUUUACUUUAGGAUAUUUCUUUCCAAAGUUCUCCUCUGAUUUUGAAUUUUAUUUGAUGGCAUUUUUCAAAAAGAUUGAAAGUGCAUCUAGAGCAGGAAGUACAGAAAAAAGUAAUAUUGGUUAUAUUUAUUUUGAUAUUAAUUUAAAUGUUUUAGGAGUCAAUGAGGUUAUUGCUUCUAAGAUAUUUAAUUAAAUAGGUUUAGAUCUUAACAAACUUGAAUUAUGUUAUAUCAUACCCUCAAUUAUAGACUCUUUAAUAUCACAAUAUCAUUUUAUGAUUGAAAGAUAAAUUAGUGAAUUUAUUGAUAAUGAUAUUAUUGUGUAAAAAUAAUAGGAAGCAUUUUAUGUGCCUAAAGAUUUUAAGAGAAUUUAUUAAAUUAAUUAGAAUUGCAGUAUUAAAAAUAGAUUGUCAUAAUUAGAAGAUAUUUUUGAAGAUAUUCAAAAAGCUAAUCCUUUUGGUGAUUUUAAACAAUAUUAAAUUAGUUAUUAGUUAUUCUCUAAAAUCAUAUAUUUCUAAAAAGGAAAUACUUUAACUUCAAAAGAUUUCUUUUUUUUAAAAUUGUAAUUUUUAGAUGAAUAAGAAAAUAAAGUUGAUUAAAAAGAUACAAAACUAAUUAAUUAACAAUAAAAUAUUUUAAAUACACCAAAUGAUAGUUCAAUAACAAGUCAAAGUAUUGAUAAUGCCAUUUUAGAAUUAGGAUCUUAAAGAUCUAAAUCAAGUAAUUAAUCAUUGCUUUAAUAAUCAAAUCAAUUUCAUAAUCAAUUAUUGAACAAUAAAAAUAAAAAAAUCACCUUAUUAUUUAUAUUAAUCAAUUUGAUCUUUGCUAGUUUUUUUUUAGCCACCUUUAUUAUUAUAAGUUUUAUCAUAUUAAAUAAAUUUUCAAUAGGAAAUUAUUGUAUAUCAACUCAGAUUCAUGCUUUAAGUGAAAUUUCAUCUUUAGCUAAUAUUGUUAAUGCAAUUAAUAAUGAAUAAUUAAGUAAUUCUAUCCCAUUAAGCAACAUUACUUUGUAAUUAGAUAAAUAAAAUUUUAUUGUUUCAUAACAGGAUAUUUAAUAAUUUUAAUAGUAAUUAAUUUCCUAUUUAGUGGAUUAAAUUACAACUAUUGUUUAAAAGAGAGAUAUUUAAAUAGAAACAUCAGAUUAAUUGUAAUUAAUAUACAUAAAUGAAUUAACUGGAAGCAAAAAUGUUUAAAAUCUUUAAAAUGUAUUGAUUUUACGUUAAAUAAUAUUAACAAGCAUUUAAAAUAACAAUAUAAGUAGGAAUAUAAAAGACUAAAGUGUAAUUGUAAUUAAUUAUCCUACAUAAAUUCAUUAUUUAAAUGAAGAUGUAAUAAAUUGUUUUAUUGAAUUUGAUAAAUAAUUAGAUUCAUCAACUGAGACAUCCAAUCAAGUGAUAAUCAGUCUUUAUGUAUUACUGUUUAUAAUUUUUAUUCUUUAAUUAUUGGUGAUAAAUAAGUUAUUUAGAUAAAGGAAAUUGAUAUUAAAAUUAUUUACGCGAACAGAAUACAAAGAAGCUUUAUUAGAGUCAGAGAAAUUUGGUGUAAUUUAGAAUACAUUGAGAAACUUAGAAAAUAUUUGGUUAUCUAAAAACAUGUCAGUUUUACUUCAUUCUAUAAAUUAGAAAUCUUUAAAAGAUGAUGAUGAAUAGUUAUUCAUAUAAAAAUAAUCAGAUAGAGGUAAGUCCAUUAAGUCGGAGAAAAUAGAUAACUUUGAAAAUGCGAAAUUUAAAAUAUCAAUAUCUCACUAAUUAUCAAAUCUAUUGAGUCUUUUAAUUAUAAUUGGAAUAACAGUGUUAACUUUUGUAUAUAUUAUAUCAUUCCAUGUGUAGAUAGCGAAUUCUUCUACAAAUCUUAAUUAAUACUCAUAUUUUAGUUAAUUACUUCAGCAAUUCUAUUAUGAUUAUCUGAGUUAGUAUAGUAAUUGUUAAUAUCAAAUGAUGUUUCAUACUUAUGAAUAUUUGGAAGACUAAACGUUGAUGUAAUUAAUUUAUGAACAGAAUUAGACUCGAUUGGAGAGUUUGAAUUAAGAUUUAGAAGAUUUAAAUAAAAAUGAGUAUAGUACUAUAUUAUUGAAUUCAAACUAGUCAGAUGCAUCGAAUAUAUUGAAGAUGAGUGACAAAGAUUUAGAAUUAUUUUUUUAAGGAUAUUUAUGUGAAGUUGACAAUUCAAUAUGUUCUUAAGAGAAUAGAGAACUAGAUUUUGAAUCUUAAUUAAUGCCUUACUAUAAUAGAAGUGUUCAUUAGUUGCUUUUACAAUAGGGAUAGAUAUUUAAUUAAAAUAGUUAAUUUUACAGUUUGAAUGAUUCUGAGAUAGUUAAAGAUAAGAUAGUAAAGAUCUUCACAUCAUCAGAGUAUUUUAUAAAUAAUGUAUGGGGUUAUGAUAUAAUAAAUUAAAGGAUUUCAAAUAGUAUAAAAUAUUUGACAGAGCGUAUAGCAAAGAAUGUAUAGGAUUCUGGGAAUUCAAUGUUUUUGUUUGCAUUAAUAUUGGGAGUAUUGUAUUUUAUUUUAACAUUAACUGCAUUACUUUUGUAUGGGAAAUAUUCGAAAAGAUAGAAUUAGGUUAUUAGAUAUUAUUUAAUAUAAAUACCAUUUGGGACAGUAUUAAAGAAAAACAUUUAUUAAUAAUUAAAAUUUAUUGAUUGA